AGAAGACAUGGGUGAGCGGUACAACAUCCACAGCCAACUAGAGCAUCUCCAAAGCAAGUACAUUGGCACAGGACAUGCUGACACAACUAAAUACGAGUGGCUCACAAACCAACACCGAGAUUCCUGCUGCAGUUACAUGGGACAUCCAGACUUGCUAAGUUACUUUGCCAUCGUCGAAAAUGAAUCGAAGGCUAGAGUGAAGUUUAAUCUCAUGGAGAGAAUGCUGCAGCCAUGCGGGCCGCCGCCAGAGAAGCCUGAAGAUUAGUUUUUAGUGUAUCUUAGUUGUAAGAUAUUGUAAUUCUAAGUUUUUAUGUUAUUAUGCCAUUUUUAAGCACCCAAUACAUUACUCCACAAUA